ACAAUCUGUUCGACAUGCAAAGUUGACCAGGCUAAUUAGGGUUGCUUUUUUCUUCACGUCCAUCCUUUUCCUUCUUGGCAACUACAGCUCCUAGUGAGUAGCAGCGUUAGUCUGGUUCUCACCACCUUGGGGUAGAGAGGCUCCUGCAGCAUUCCAAAGCGCUUUCUCCACCAUCCAGGCCUUGAGAAUACAACCAGUGUUACAGCAUGAAUGAGCCCAAACGAGCUGACUCCUACCGCUUGUCCGAGGGCGAAAAGAAGUGCGAAUGGAAAGACAGCGCGAAUGAAAAAAUGGCGAACUCAGGCACCCUUGUCAUUAACAAGGAGGACCACACGAUGGGAAACCUGAUCCGGAUGCAGCUUCUGAGGGACAAACAGGUGAAGUUCGCGGGGUACAUUCACCCGCAUCCCUUGAUCCAUAAGAUCGAGCUGCGAGUACAGACCCUGGACAGGGCGCUCUCUACGCCCAUGCAGGCCCUGGAGAACGCCCUCUCCGAUCUCAACCAAGAAUUUACAGGGCUCAAGGCUCGCUUCCAACAGGAAGUCCGACGGGUGCAGGCGGAGCAGGCGGAUAGGGAGUACAGAUAG